AUUCAGUCCUACGGCCAGGCAACUUGGCGCAAGAUGGGAGAUGACGCCGAAGGUCGACGCUCAUCCGCCCCGGCUUCCGUCGAUGUUUCUCCGUCAAAGUCUUCCUUCGGCUGCUUUUCGCGAGAAAAUUGGUGAAUGGAGAUGUCUGGACAAGAUAGUGCAUUCACCUCUAGAGGCAAUGUUGCACUACCACUCUAUAUUCAGCAUCUUCGGAGGGCUUUCCGUCUUGAUCCUCUUUUGGAACAGAUGGAAGAAAUCUUCCAACAUAGCUACAGUGAUCUUGAACUUAGCCCUGACUCUGAUGAUGACAUUCUGGCCAAUGAUAAAGAGGGAAAGUUGGUGAAUGGGGUGUCCUUAUCUCAGGAAGAACAAAAAGAUGAGAGAAAUCGUUUACUCGAUAUCAAUCGAGCAGAGGAAGAAAAAACAUGGACACAGAAGUUGGUAAUCAGUGAUUCUUCUGAGUCUGGUGACAGUGACAGUGAUGAUGAUAGAGAUAUCACAGAAGCUGACUUGCAAGCCAUGUUGCAUCUGCAUGCAUUGCAGAAGGAGCAAGUGGCAAAGUACCGGUAUCACCAAAAGGCUGAGGAUGGUGCUGUCAGAUCAUAUGCAGCCUGCAGUGGGAAAGGGGAGACUUCAGAUGUCAGUGGCAUUGCUGGGAAACCCCAUGCCCGAGGAAAGAAAUCUCAUGGCACCGGAGGGAGUGAACAUUGCUCUACAUCUGCCUCAAGUGGAGCUUCUGGAGCCACCAAUAGGGCAACUUUGGAGCAAAUGGUACUAAAGCGGAAAAGAUUCUUUUCUGCCAUGGCCAAGAAAGAGAUCCACAAGGCCCAGAAGACUCGAAUGAAUAUCAGAAAGGAAGGGUUACAGCAGUGCAAAAAAAUUGCACAAAUGUGCAUGAGAUACAGAAGGCAACAGGCAAUGCAGAGUCAGAAGGCAAUGAAUGCUACUGUUUGGCAAGCAAAGCGACUCACCCGUGAAAUGCAGGCAUAUUGGAAACGCUAUGAUAGAGCAGAAAAGGAAAUCCGGAGAAAGGCUGAACGUCAAGCAGAAGAACAGCGCAAAAUUGACAUGGAGAUAAUGGAAGUGAAACGUCAGCAAAGGAAGUUGAACUUUUUGAUAACUCAGACAGAGCUAUAUGCACAUUUCAUGAGCAGAAAACUUGGUGGGUCAACAGAAGAUGCUGAUGAUGAACAAAAAAUUCUUCAUCAUUUGGAUGAUGAUCAAUUUCAGAGGCCAGGCAUCUUGGAUGAUUAUGACAGUGAGCAAGUCAAAGAAGAAGCUCGAGAAAAUGUAGAACGUGCAUAUGAAGAGCAAUUGAGCCUGAGUCGCCAGUUUAAUCCUGCAGCAGUCAUGGAUUCAGCAGAUCUCAGCAAAGCCUCAGAGAAGUUUGAGGAAUUCCCUCAGCCCAACUUCUUUGUUGGAGAGUUGAAGGCAUAUCAACUGAAAGGAAUGAAUUGGCUUGUGAGCCUCUAUGACCAGGGCAUCAAUGGUAUUCUUGCUGAUGAGAUGGGGCUCGGGAAAACUGUGCAAGCUAUAGCAUUUCUGGCUCAUGUGGCUGAGAGAUAUGGAAUCUGGGGUCCAUUCCUGGUUGUGGCUCCUGCUUCCACUCUGCACAACUGGGAACAGGAGUUUUCUCGAUUUCUCCCAGCUUUCAAGGUGGUGCCCUACUGGGGGAGUCCACAGGAGAGAAGAGUUCUGCGGCAGUUUUGGGCUCAAUCCCCAUCUCUGCUACAUACAGAGCAGGCCAGUUUCCAUGUCCUAGUGACUUCUUAUCAGCUUGUCAUAGCUGACUUCAAGUACUUCAGUCGUUUGAAGUGGCAGUACCUGAUACUUGACGAAGCACAAGCCAUCAAAAGUUCCUCCAGUCAACGAUGGAAGAUGCUGUUGAGUUUCUCAUGUCGAAAUCGCCUCCUGUUGAGUGGAACACCUGUGCAGAACAGCCUUGCAGAACUGUGGGCUCUAUUGCAUUUCAUCAUGCCAUCUCUCUUUGAUUCUCAUGCAGAAUUUAAUGACUGGUUUUCCAAGGAUAUUGAAGGGCAUGCAGAAAAUCGCAGUACCAUUGAUGAGAAGCAUCUAUCCCGUUUGCACCUGAUACUGAAGCCAUUCAUGCUUCGCCGAAUGAAACGUGAUGUGGAGCAUGAACUCUCUGACAAGGUUGAGGUACUGAUUGAGUGUCCAAUGACCACAAGACAGAGGCUUCUGUAUUCAGCUCUUAAACAGAAGAUUCGUAUUGAUGAUCUCCUUUAUUCUGGUGGAAAUGCAUCUGCUCAGGCACAGAGUCUCAUGAAUCUCGUCAUGCAGUUUAGAAAGGUGUGCAAUCAUCCAGAACUGUUUGAAAGGCGAGACACAACAUCCCCUCUUUACUUCACUUUGCCACCCAUCCGCCUGCCAAAGCUGGUGUAUAGAGAUGCAUUGUUAGAUUCAGAUCUGCUUAGGAGGCGUCAGUUGCUCCAUGAGCAAUUGUCAAUUUGGAAUCCUCUACAUAUCCACAAUGAUAUAUGUCAUGGAGCAUCAGGGGAGGAAAGAGUAGGACGAUGCUUUUCAUUUGCCCAUCUCAUUGGAGUUUCACCACAACAACUAAGACUGAUUCAUCUUCAGGGCCUUCUGCAGAAGUGGCUCCUACUCCUGAAGUGUCAGGUCCUUUUGAAAAAUCUAAUUCACAAGAGAUUCUGGUGGAAUCAGAACCACCUUCCAUUGGUCAUAAUGCAAGUGGAAAGUCCCCUGAGUCCUAUGAAAAUAGAGGACUCUGUGGUCCUCUCACAUCUUGUCUUCACAUCAUAUACAGAGCACCUCCACACUCAUGACCGACCACUCUUCCACUACAUCCCAGAAACAGUGGAGCAUCGCCUUCUGCGCCUUCAGAAACGGUCUUACAGGAGUGAGGAUCUCAUGUUAGAACAGGAAAAGAUGAUGACAGAGGAUGACAGCCAGAAUGUGUGCCAUCUCUUUCCUCACCUUCCAAGGCCCCCAAAAGAGUCUGAACUGCAGAGGAUUCACUUUCCAUCGUGGACAUUUCGCCACAGUCCAAAGGUUGUGAGUCCUCCAGUGGAAGUUGUAUGCAGUGAUCGGUCCUUUGCUUGGGCAUCCCUUCGUGCUGAAGUUGGUUACUCAGAAGAGAGGGCUUGUAUCCUCACUGGUUUUCCUGAUGUCUCACUCAUGCCCUGGCACAAAAGGAGAAUAAGACAAUGGCAGAGCUUUCGUCACUCUCCCCUUGGAGGAAUCUAUGCUGACACUCCUGUGCAUGGAUGGUCCUUUAUCACUCCACCAGGUGUGAAUGGCCAAGAGUAUUUCCUUUCUUUGGAAUCUCUUGUGGCGGAUUCUGGAAAGAUGCGAGUCUUGGAUCAGCUGCUUGCAAGGCUCAAAUCUCAAGGACACCGUGUUCUUGUCUAUUCUCAGAUGACCCGGAUGAUUGAUAUUCUUGAGGAAUACAUGUGGCAUCGCAACCACAGGUACAUGAGACUUGAUGGGUCUUCCAAGAUAUCUGAUCGACGGGACAUGGUUGCUGAUUUUCAGACCCGGUCCGAUAUCUUUGUGUUCCUCCUCAGCACACGUGCAGGAGGUUUGGGCAUUAAUCUCACUGCAGCUGACACUGUGAUAUUUUUCGAUAGUGACUGGAAUCCAACAGUGGAUGAACAGGCAAUGGACAGAGCACAUCGGUUGGGGCAGACAAAGCAAGUCACUGUUUAUCGGCUUGUUUGCAAGGGGACCAUUGAAGAGAGGAUCCUUCAAAGGGCCAGGGAAAAAAGCGAGAUCCAGCGAAUGGUGAUCAGUGGAGGGAAUUUCAAGCCAGACACUUUGAAACCAAAGGAAGUUGUCUCCCUGCUCCUUGAUGAUGAAGAGAUUGAGAGGAAAUAUCGUCAGAGACAAGAGGAGCAGAAGAAGAGGAAGGCAGGGGCUCUGGACACUGAAACAGAAGCCUCAUCUCCCAAGAAGUCCUUUUCCUUGCGUGCCAAUGAGAGAUCAAAGAACCAGGAUCCUCUGUCUCUCUCUCACACUCCUGAGGUGGAAGGGGACUUGGGUCAAGACGAGGACGUCCACCAGGAUCUGGAUCCAGUUUCUCUCGCCGGAUCCCAGAUCCUGAGACUCCCACUCCCAAUGCAUGAAGUUCCUGAUGAUGCCAUACCCAAGGACUUCUUGCUGUACAUCUUGCAUUUCUAG